AUGUCAUCUGACCAGCUUUACAGGUGGGAACAGGUUGGAGUACUCUGCGGCGGACCAGUCGAUGAUCUGCAGAUCACUCCCCAGGCGUCUAUACGGUGCCAUGUGGGCCGAACACGCUGCACUUCCUGGACAUGGACUGUAGUUACCGAGUGGAUCAACGAGAACCACCUUAUCUGGACCCUAUGCGCCGCCCUCGCAGAUUCCGGCCUCGACCCAGAGUGGACACACCGGUUUGACCUCCACUACCGCGGCCAGUGGGUUCAGAUCCAGUCGAUUGUGCAGCAGACCCAGGGUGUUGAGCGGUUCCUGCUAGAUAUCCGACCCCCGCCUAUGCUGCUGGCUGUGUUCGCCCACCACGAUGGGGCUACAGCCCGCAAGUUCGCCAUCAUGUCCACACCUGCUUGUACUCGUCCCGGCGGAGGUCUUCUGAACCUGUUGCGGCAUGUGUAUCACGGAGGCGUUUCCUCCACUGAUGAAUUCAUUGUGGUUCUCUAUGAAGCGGAUGUGACCGGAGUCGCGCCGGAGUCGCCCUCGUACUCCGCCCUGGGGUUGCCAGACCCGCAUUCCGCCCCAUUUUUGAACCUCCCUCCUCCGUAUCAGUACACUCCCGGGUCGGACUUAGUAGGGCUCCGUCCUGUGCGCUAUGCCACUCCACCCCCUCCUUAUCGCGGUAUUUCUCCUGCUCCUCCUGAUUGGACCCCCUGA